UUCUGAGGGAGACGGUCAAAAAAUAAACGUCCCGAAAGCUGAUCUUUGCUCAUUUUUAUCCCUUGAGACAGUAAAAUGAAGACCAUUACCAUGCAUCUCCUGCUGGCAGCGCUUUCUUUGGAUUUAGCGUUCUCCUUGAAGUGCCAUGUUUGCUACGAAGUAACCCAAAGCAGAGACUGCCGGGAUGAAAUGGUCUGCUCUCCGGAAUCUAAAGUUUGUAAAACAGUCGUAUACAGUCCACAAGUGGGUUUCCCUUUUAAUGGAGAGGAGAUGGUUACCAGAAGCUGUGCCACAUCUUGUGUGGAGAACGACCCAUACGCCUUGGGAAAUGAUAAGCCUGUGUUUUGCUGCACCAUCGACCUGUGCAACAACAGGGGGCUAUACGCCAGCAACAGCACAGCAAACUCUUCUGGCGCCGUUACCGGCAGCUACAGAACAUUGGCGGCAUCUAUAGCUAUCAUCUGUGCUUUGCUCCGAGUCUAACGACGUCCCCCACUCAUUUUUUAUAUGAUUUGAUUAAAUUUGUGAGAUCACUGGCAGCCCCUUCCUUCCUGCCUAAAGUGCUUUAUAGGACUAGCCCUUUAAAACACACCACUCGAAUAUCCCUGUUUUCAUGGGACAGUCCUGAUUUUCAGGCACUCUCCCACUUUCAGCGGUCCCAUUGUCGUGGGGCUUAUCUGCCAGUUGGUGCUGCAUAGACCUCCAACAUGGCCUCCCUGCGAGGCUCUGCACCUGAGCGCCGUUAGAUGGCUCUUCAGGUAAGGUAGGUGGGUGUUCCCAGUGGUAGCCCCGCCUACUCCUGAAUCCGACCCCACCCACCCAUGCCUCUAGCCACACCCCCAACACAGGUAUCCCGAUUUGCACAGCUGAAAUAUUGGGGGGUAAAUGCUUUGAAGGAGAAUGCCGGCCAUAUUUUUAAGUUAAAUGGUGUCCAGUCCGUUGCACUUCGUUUUACCCAGACUUUUUAUGUGACUUCGUGCCCUAUUGCGGGGUAUUUGUGUAACUGAGGGGGGCAUUUAGAAGAAGAAUUAUAGGUUUUAUUCACCCCGUUUAAUUUAUAAAGCCGUUUCCUGCUGUUUCUAUACAUAUUAUUUAGUGCUGUAGAACCCAAUGAUAUUAGAUUUGAUUGCGGCCUUCGAUCAGUUUUUACUCUGUGUAUCAAAUAACAUAAUAAAAAUUAACUAAAUCCUUUAUUGCAUUAUU